CGGAGCGAUGGGGCGGCCGGGGGUGCCCCUGGCCCUGCUGGGGCUGGGGCUGUGCUGGGCGGCGGCGGCUGAGCGGCACACGGUGUUCUGGAACAGCUCCAACCCUCGGUUUCUGUGGAGUGACUACACGGUGGAGGUUCGUCUCAAUGACUACCUGGACAUUAUCUGCCCCCACUACGAGGAGGGCAGCGUGGACCCCCGGGCCAUGGAGCGCUACACCCUGUACCUGGUGGAGCUCGAGGAGUACCAGGCCUGCAAGCCCCGCUCCAAGGAGCAGAUCCGCUGGGAAUGCGACAAGCCCAGCGCCCUGCACGGCCCCGAGAAGUUCUCGGAGAAAUUCCAGCGCUUCACUCCCUUCACGCUGGGCAAAGAGUUCAGGGAGGGGCACAGCUACUACUACAUCUCCAAGCCCAUCCACCACCACGGUGAAGCCUGCCUGAAGCUGAAGGUGACGGUGACAGGCAAAGGCACUCCGGCACCACCUGCCCCGGCCUCGACACAGAAGGGGAGGAUCCAGGCAGAUGAUGCAGCCGCACACGUGCUGAGGAGUGUGGGGCAGAACUCAGCCAUGCGCAGCAGCAGCCGCCCCUUCACCUUCAUCAGCCUCCUCCUGCCCCUCUUGGUGCCGCAGGGGCUCUGAGCUGCCCCACGUGCCUGGACCCACCGAGGCUGAGGCCACUGGAGACCUCUGUGGUCCCAGCACAUCUGCCCCAGGUGCCCUGCCCUGCGCACAUCUGGGCGAGGAAAGGAUUCAUCAGUAUUACAGGGCUGGAAGGCCCAAAGCCACAGAGCAAUUGGGGCCUUCAGGCUUCCCUGGCCCUUCCAGGAUGGUCCUGGCAGCCAGAGGCUGAGCGGGAGCCUGGAGCUGGAGGGGCUGAAGUGCCCCAGACUGGAGAGGGGCAGGGGGCUGGCACCCCUGCCCCGCAGCUGAGCUCGCCCACCACCUUCGGGGUUUUCCCCAUGGUGGGCUUGAACUGGAACGUGUCCUGCUGGCGGGGACAUGGGGGUGGCCAGGUGACACCGGUGCAGGGGGCUGCUUACCCCCAGUGUCAGUGGUCAGGGAGGACAGACAGGCUGGAGAUGCCCCGCAGCCAGGGGAGCGGGGUUAUCAGGAACAUCCCACUCCUCACUGUGCUGCACCCCUACCCCAUCCUUCAUCCCCUGGCCCUUCCCCAUCCCUCCCCUCCGCUGGGUGCCGGAGGGGCCCCCAGCUCCCCCUUUGUACAGCUUUCUAACACGGGACUUUUUAUACCAU